AUGUCGUUAAAAACAGGGCUGCAACGUAUUGUUCUGGUUACUGGUGCCAACAAAGGACUUGGCUUUGAAGUUGUAAAGAAACUUGCUCAAAAAUCGUCAUCUAACACCAAUCCUGUUAUUUUUCUUGGUAGUCGUGAUUUAAAACGUGGUCAAGAAGCACUUCAUCAAUUAGGCUCUCCACCAAACGUACAUCUUCUACAAUUGGAUACAUCGUCAGAGAAAAGUGUCACUCAUGCUAUCAAUGAGUUUAAACAAAAGACUAACGAUCAAUUAGAUGUAAUUAUUAACAAUGCUGGGAUUUUACCAAAAGAUGAUAGUGUUCAGGCUGCUCGAGAAACGCUAGCUACUAAUUAUUAUGGAAUUAAAAUAGUCAAUGAACAUUUAAUUCCUCUUUUACGUGACAAUGGUCGUGUGGUCAAUGUCGCCAGUCAAAUAGGUUCAAUUAUAUUAAUGUGUAUGUCGAAAGAUCUUCAAAAUAAGUACACAUCCUCAACAUUAACCACAAAACAACUUGAUCGACUUGUUGAAGAUUUUCUUUCAGCACUCGAAUUUAACAAUCUUAAAAAAGCUGGAUAUCCUGAUGAUUUACACUAUCUGGCUCGCACCAUAUCAUUAGUGACACCCAAACAUCGUGAAUCUUCAACAUCUAUUCCACCAGCUAAAAUUCUUUGUCGUCGGCAUACUGUCUCUUCUGCCUCUUCAUCAACAAGUCAGAUCGAUCUUCUUAUUCCUCAAGCAUUACCUCCUCAGAAGAAAAGAUCUCGUUUGGCAGUAUCAGCACUAAUAAAUAUCAAGGAUUAUCGUAUUCCAUCAGUUGAUAUUUGGGCGUGUAUUGAAGAGCAUCACAUGGAUUCAACACAUUUUCUCUCGUGGUUAGAUUCAAUUUGUGCAACAUUAAGAGAGGAGAUUGGUGAGUUGAUGCAUUCUGAGUCGAAUUUUCCAUGA